AUUGCCUCUCCUGAAAUACAAGGUCUUAAAUCAAAACACUAUAGAGAUUUCUAAUUCAACGGAAAUAUAAAAACAGAAAAUGGUAGAAAAAGCCAAAAAGGGAGAGACGAAACCGAGAUGGAGGAUUUCCAAUCUCCUAAAAUACGAUCUUACAAAUCGUAUGAAGGAGAUCGGAACCUCCAGCUGGUUGAUCCUGCUGAUUUAAAACCGGUUAGAGGAAUCUACAUUGUUCGAGAAUCAAAGCGUAAUCGCUCUAUGGCGUCAGAUCUAUGGCGCAAGAUCUCUUACAAAGACUUGCCUGUUCGACCCAGAAGAUCUUCUUCUCAUUCAACAUCGUUAAAAGGAUGGUGGAACAAUCCUGAGAUAAAGAGAAAGAGACGAGUGGCGACAUACAAGAUUUAUUCAGCUGAGGGAAAGGUGAAGACAUCUUUGAGAAAGAGUUACAAAUGGAUUAAAGUCCAAUGCUCGAAGAUUAUUCAUGGAAUAUAGCUCUCUACCGUGUAUUUUUUGUUUAGUACUUGGAUUUUGAGAAGAAAAUAAAUUCGUGUAUUUAUUUAACACAAUUCAAUUCAAUUUAUUUUAUAUAUUCUGUUAACUGUGACCAAUAUUAAGUAUUUUUAUGACACUAUAUUCAGUUUAACUAGCAAAUCCAAUAAAUAAAUAGCAUAUGUAUGUGUGCUAUGUGUAAAUAUUUUUAUUUAUCAAAUACAACAAUUUGAAA